AUGAAAGCCAUACUCAUAUUAGGAUUGUUGGUGUUUGGAAUUACUGCAGAGUCCCUAUUUUGCUUAAGGAAAUUAAAGCAAUUAAAACAGAGCACACUGAAUUUUACAUUUUUACUCGAUUUGGAACUCAGUUAAGGGGGAAAGGUUUCUGAAGUGGUUUCAUUGGUUGGAGAUUUAUUAGAGCAAAUGAAGAGAGAUCAACUUAAUGAUGAUCUUGAAUAUGCCCAUAGAACAACAACUCUAGGAUUAGACAUUGAAUGGUUGAUUAUUGUAUUAAGAAAUCUUACAAAAGAGAGACAAGAUAAAAAUAAUUAAUUAAGUGAAUUAAAUCAAAUCCUUGUUGGAUUGCAAUUAUAAUUAGAUGCACUCACUGAAUAGUUAAAUAUUCUUAAUGGCAAAGAAGAAUAACUAAGAUAAACUAGAGCUUAAGAAGCAGCCUCAUAUUAAGCCAGACAAGAAAAUAAUAGUAAAGUGUUGGCUGCCUUGAAUGAAAUUAUUCCUAAAUUAUAAGUUGCUGUUUUUGAUUAAGAAGGAAAAUCUUUAUUGCAAACUGAAUAAUUCGAAAUUGUUGAAAAGAUCAAAAGAGAAUUAGGACAUAAUCAUCCAGUUGCUAUUAUGGUUGCAUUGACAACUAAAUUUGAUGUAUCAACUGUUAAAAGAAUUAUUGAUAAAUUGGAACACAUUAGAAAUGCUGUCAUCUCUUUAAUGAAAUAAGAAGAUGAAUAAGAGACUCAAAGCCAAAUUACUUUCUAAACUACUCUAUAAGAAAUUGCUGAAUUGAGAGAAAGAUUUUCUAAAGAUUUUGAAGUCACUUCCCAAUUGAUCAAAAAAAGAACUAAUGACAAGGUUCUUUUGGAAAAAAGAUUAACCAUUAUCAAUAGAGAUCUUAGUCUCACUGAAUAAUUACUCAUUCAAACCAGAGAAUACAAAGAAUAAUAUGAUGCUGCUUAUGCUGUCAGAAAAGGAAAAAGAAUUUCUGAAAUUAAAACUGUCUAAUAAGCUUAUGAUCUAGUUGACAAUCAUGCCAAGAAACACAAAUAAUGAUUUACAAUAAAUAUAUUUACAAUUAUAUCAAUUAUGGAUAUAUUAA